GCCGGAUCCUACAGCCGGACCCCUGAAGGCUAGGGAAACGGCGCAUUCAGCUGCUAUUGGAAGCGAAUGCGACGCCGUGGGGCAGCGGGUUAACAUAUUCGACCGUUGACUCACUUACAUCGAUUAUAUAAGACCUAAGCAACAAGUCUCCGUCUAUUAUAAGCAGAUCUAGUUGCUAGCACUUAGGCUCACCAACUAGUUCACUCCCCACAUCUCACACUCAAAAAAGCUCAUCCAUCAUGGCUGAAGUUCCGGUGGUCCAAAUCCUCAAUAAGAAGGAAUACUUCAAGCAGGCCUUAGUAUCUCUUCCUAAUGAGACUCUGCCUCCUCUAGCAGACUCGUCCCUGCGCAUCCGGACGGAGAUAUUAUGCGUGACUUCCAACAAUUUCUCGUACUGCAAGGUCGGUGAAUUAUUCCACUGGUGGGAUAUCCACCGAAUUCCCGCCUCAACUCCAGCGCCAUACAAUGAUACCUCCGUCUACGGGCGCAUUAACUGCUGGGGAUAUGCCAAGGUGAUAGAUUCCACGUUCGCCGAUGUGCCUAAGGGCAGCUAUCUGUACGGGUACUUGCCCAUCGGCACGCUACCCCUCGACUUCCAAGUCAAGGCGGGCAAUGUGCCGAACCAAGUCAUAGUCACGGAGCCGUACCGGCAACAGCAGCUCCCGGUGUACAACCGGUACUUCGUGCAUCCACCAUCGCUGUCCCAGGCCAUUGAAGCCAAGAACGAUGCUCUAGGAUACGACUCCCUGCUGCGCCCCAUGUACCUAACCGCACACUUGAUGUCCGGAUUCAUGUUCCCACCAGACCCAACCCAAUCCGUGCAGCUCACACCCGAGCAAGCCUCUCUCUCCGGCGCCGCCGUCAUAGUCUUCGCGCCCGGCUCCAAAGUCGGGUUAGCAUUCACACACCGUCUCCGCGCCCAAUCCCGACCCCAAUCAAAACCCGCCGCCAUAAUCGGCGUCGCAUCGCAGUACUCCCGGUCCUUCGUCCAAAGCACCGGCCUCUACGACGGUACCGUGGCCUCAACCACCGACGAUCCUCUCACGAUCCUCUCCUCCGCAGGCGCCAGCAAAGAGCACAAAGUAACCAUAUUCGACUUCGGCGGACGCGGUGGCGCAGCUUGGAAAUGGGCUGGUGCGAUUGUAGCCCAGUACCCAAAGACGCAAUUCGUCGUUAUCGGCGGUGAAGUCUCGGAACCGUCGGCGGAUUGGUCGCCUUCGAAACCACCUGCUGGCGUAGAUGUCGCGGCCGUUAUGGCGGAUACGUUGCUCACGGCUGCUAUUAAUAAGGUCGGGGAGAAGGAGUACUUUGAUGAUUACGAGGCAACGUGGGCGGUGCUGCGGAAGGAGGGAUUCCGUGGGUUUAAGGUCAAUUGGGGUGAGGGUAUGGAAGCUGUUAAGGAAGGUUGGGAUAAGUUUGCGAAGAACGAGGCCAAAGCCGAUGAGGGGCUAGUUUUUAAGAUUUAAGAAGCGAUAAAGGGAGAGAUUGGCGUAAAUGAUUGGUGUACAUGAUCUAAUCCUGAUGCCUUCUAUCCGACACUGGGUAAUAUGUACCAAACCUCUACAAUAGUGCAACACAUGUCGUGAAACAAGAGUACCAAAAUCUUCAAAACAAUGAAGUAAUUGAACGUAAAUCAUUUAAAUUCAUCUAAAUUUCAAGUCGCGAGGCGCAUCAUAACUUCGCAAAUACCCCUAAUUUGCCUACCAUAUAAAUAUCCAAAUCCAGAUGCCAUGAUACUCAUGGAUUAUCUUAAACGCCAUUACAAUGCAAAGUGUUCCCGGCUUCAUUCCUUUAAAUCCAAAACACCGGCCGAGGGAAAGCCUAGGCUCUAGGCCCGCUGAUAUAAAAU